ACCUCCACCUCUUUUGGCCUCGACGGCAGCAACCCCAGGUUCCCCCGUAACGCCCUCCGCCUUUGGGACUAACCGGGGAAGCACACGUUCCUGGUAGCCAAGGAGAGGGGCCGGCCCUGCCAAGACUGGAGAGGGAGGGAGGAGAGGGGAGGGGAGGAAAGCAGGCAUCUCCCACCCCCCCUCCCGGGCGCAGGGGGCGGGAGGAGCGCGUCCCGGCCGGCCGAGCAGUGUCUUCGACUCCGUGCAUGCCCUCGGGAACGGCGCGGGAAGGAUGCUGGUCCGCAGGCGCGCGCGCUCGGGGCCCGGGAUGCCGCGGGGCUGGACCGCGCUCUGCUUGCUGAGUUUGCUGCCUUCAGGAUUCACAAAUAUGGCCAACUCUACUGUUAAUACCAUAGAAUCUUCUACCCCGAGAAUAUAUUCAGCUAUUCCUACAAGUACGUCCCACCAGAAAACCACAUCACCAAGUGCUCCUGGAAGUAUCAGCUCCCACCCUGUCCCUCAGAACAGCAGUGAGACCACAACAAUCAUCUCAGAGACUACAGUCAACUUUACAUCUACCUCUGGGGUGAUCCCAGUCUCUGGAACCACAAAUUCUUCUGUCCUGUCUCCAACCUCAGUAGCCAUCUCAUUGUCCAACACUCCAGCAAACUUUUCAACUUCAGAAAUGACCUUGAAGCCCAGCAUGUUACCUGGAAAUGCUUCAGAUCCCUCACCCAACAGCACCAGCCCUGUGACACUUCUCACGACAUCCUAUACAUCAGCAUCUCCUACCUUAAGUAUCAUCAAGGGAGAAAUCACAUGUUUAGGAAUUAAACAAGUGAUGUUGACUAAAGGCAUCUGCCUAGAGCUCAAUGAGACCUCCAGCUGUGAGGACUUUAAGAAAGAGAAAGGAGAGGGCCUGAUCCAAGUGCUAUGUGUGAAGAAGCAAGCUGAGGCUGAGGCUAGUGUUGGGGUGUGCUCCUUACGCCUGGCCCAGUCUGAAAUUAGUCCUCGGUGCCUGAUGCUGGUCUUGGACAACAGAACAGAACUUUCCAACAAACUUGGACUUAUGAAAAUGCACCAGUCUGACCUGAGAGAGCUGGGAAUCCAUGACUUCACUGAACAAAAUGUUGCAAACCACCAGAGCUAUUCCCGAAAGACCCUGAUUGCACUGGUCACCUCGGGUAUCCUGCUGGCUGCCUUGGGCACUACUGGCUAUUUCCUGAUGAACCGCCGCAGUUGGAGCCCCACAGGAGAAAGGCUGGGUGAAGACCCUUAUUACACGGAGAAUGGUGGAGGCCAGGGCUAUAGCUCAGGACCUGGGGCUUCCUCGGAAGCUCAGGGAAAGGCCAGUGUGAACCGAGGGGCUCAGGAGAACGGGACCGGCCAGGCCACUUCCAGAAACGGCCAUUCAGCAAGACAACAUGUGGCUGAUACCGAAUUGUGACUUGGCUGGGUGGGUCAGGGUUGGGUGGUAUCCAGGAACACAACCCCUCCUUGCAUCUAACCACAUACCACCUCCAUGCCGGGGGCGUCCCUAUGUCCCACUCUUGCCUACUGCACACACCUCAGGGGUUCUACCUGGGGCUUUUCUUGGGGAGAGGCAGGUUAAACACCUGCCCUUUUCACCUUUAGUUCCCUGAACCCAGACUCUGGUCUUCUUUGGGUAACAGUGUAAUGGCGCAAAGCAAAGGUCCAGAGAAGCUUCCUGGGAGGGUGGGUGUCCUUGCAACCUUUACCCAUGGACCAUCUCUUCACCAUCUCAUUAUAGGAAUCCCCAGGGAAAAGGAUAGGCUUUUCUAGAGUACCAUUUCCUCCCAGGAAGCUAUGAUUUUUACUGUAUCUUUCUUAGAUUUUUUUUUUUUUUCUCUUCUCUAGGGAAACCAAAGUAACCAUCUGUAUCUGCUCCUUUGUGGUAUAGCCAGAAUGCUGUGUUGUCUUAAAUCACUUCUCUUAUCCCUCUUCCAAGAUCCUGUGGAAUUGGUCACCAGCUCUCCCCUUACCCCAUAAGUACCACUGAGCCCCAAAGUGUCUUCUUACCUGUGAACAGAGAUCUGCACAGUUUCCACUGAAGCCUGGAACUGGGC